AUGGCCAUGAAAAAUCAUUAUAUCCCUGAUUCAUUUCAAAGAGCAUCCAAUAUUAGAGUCCCAUUAGCACCCACUGUUAAAUUUGAAAUAAAUCCAGGAAUUUUUCAAAUGCUCCCUAAUUUUCAUGGAUUGCCUUUAGAAGAACCUCAUCAACACUUAGAAAAAUUUUAUAUGGUCUGUGAUUUAGUUAAUCUCUCUCAAGUUACACCAGAAAUUAUUAAGAUGAAAUUAUUCCCUCAUACACUUAGGGACAAAGCUAGCCAUUGGCUAUCUACAUUAGAUAGAGAAUUAACUAGUUGGAAAGACAUAGAACAAGCCUUUCUUCAAAAAAUUUAUCCCUUAAAAAAAACUCAAAAUAUGAGAAAACAUAUAUGGAAUUUUUCUCAAAGACCAGGAGAAACUUUACAUGAGACAUGGGAAACAUUCAAAGAUUUACUUAGAAAGUGUCCUCAUCAUGCUAUACCCAAGUGGCAGCUCAAUAGAAUUUUUUAUGAUGGAUUAUUAGAACAACAUAGAAAUAUGGUUGAUUCUAUAUGUGGAGGAGCUUUUAUGGAGAAAACCCCUGAUGAGAUUUACAGUCUUUAUGAGAAUUUAAGUGAAAAUUCUAGAGAUCAAGCCUCUUUUGAAUUAUAUGACAGGGAUAAGAAGAGAGGAAUUCAUGAAUUGCAUCAUGAUAAUAAAUCUAAAUUUAGAAAUGAGGUUAAUCAGAUUAAUCAAAGAUUAGAAAAACUUGAUUUGCUUAUUGACAAUAUUAGAAAGCCUCUUAACCCUCAAUUUAAUUCAAAUAGUACAUGUCCUAUGUAUGGUGAAAAUGAUCACUUCGAAUUUCAAUAUCAUCCUAGGCAAGAACAAGUGCAGGUACCCCACGAUUUUAGUAAAAAUAGAGAAUAUUUUUCUAAUUCUUAUAAUCCUAAUUGGGGGAAUAAUUUUUCGUGGAGAAACCCAAAUAAUAUUCAAAAUCCAGAAGCACUUAGAUCCAAUUCAAACUCUGAAUUUUGUCCAAAAUAA